UAUAAAAGCAGCAGCACGCGAGCCGGCCGGAUAGUAGCUUUGGAAAACUGUUUGGAAAACUGCUCCGCUCCGCUCAGCUCAGCUCUCCAGCGUGUCCCGUUAUCGAAGUUGUUGCCGUUGCCGUUGCCGCAGUCCAGUUUUUCAUCGUCCUCUUCUUCUUCUGAUUCAGCCAUUUUCCAAGCUCUCUCGCCGCGCCGCUCUCGCAUCAACACAAACAGAAAACGAAACAGAAACAGAAACAGAGGAGCCACAGCUGAGCGAGCGCUGAGUGAAAAUUUUGUAGUACGCUUCACACGAACUUCUGAAAAAACCCGCAGUCGAAACGCGGCCGCCGAACACAGCACAUCGGCGCACACAAGGGGCAGAACACGAAGAAGUAGAGCCAGAAAAGCGGAAAACCAGAAAAGAAUAGAAUACUUCUACAAACGAAACGCAGCCAUCAGCACUUGAAACUCCGCCAUAUGUAGCAAAGCAAAGAUAAAGAAAAGAUAAAUGCGAAAUUAAAAUCUCUGUCCAAACAACAAGAACGUCUUGAAUUAAAUCAAAACCAUGUGCUGUGCUUAAAUUUAUUAAGGAAACCAGACAGAGCGAGAUACAAAAGGGAAGCAAAACCCACAGAAGCGAGAAGGAAAGAGCGAGAGAGAGCUGAACGGGGCGGCAAUUUGCGUUGAUUUUUUAGCAUGUAUUGAAUUGAAAUGUUUAACUAGAAUAACAAAUUUAGUUGUUGAUACUUUUCCAAUUGUUUGUUAAAACGCUGUCGCUGGAAAAUCGAACUCUCCACCACACACACACAACAAAGUAAAACACAAUAAAACACCCAACCACACGCGAAGUAAAAUCAAAUUCUUGUGAUUAAAGUGCAUUUCUAUACGUACGUUAAACUACAACUAUUCACACCCACGCAAUAUAUUAAACGCAUCGAAAGUCGGCCCAGAUCAAAGUCUAUAUAAUCGCAGCAGGCGGCAGUCGGCAGACUUUCAUUAUAAAUCCAACAAUCGGCUGAAAACACACAAAAUAGCAGUUGCAACGGCGGCUCUAUGAAGAUGGAAGUGCUCCCAGUACAAAAUCACAUUCAGGGAAAAUUCGGUGUUAAUAAAAUUAAAGACUGGCAAGCUGCAACGGCGCCACUGGAGGAGGAGGAGGAGCUGACCGCGGGUGUGAACGGAAAUACAGCCGCCGGAGAGGGCAUUCUGGACGUGGACGUGGUAGAUGGCCAUCCGGCCUCUGUGCUCCACAUGCGGCAGCACCAGGCGCUCAACACCCGCCCACCGGCCACGCCUCCAUCGUCUGGGGGCGGUGGUCCGUUGGCGGGCGGAGGAUCCGUCGGAAUGAGCACUCCCAAGCAGGCCACCUCGCCGGUGGCCGCGGCCAGCUUUGAGGCGCCCCUAAGCGGUGGCAGUGCAGCCGCCUAUCAUCACGCCUACAUGACCAACGUGCUGUCCAGUACCGCCCAGCAGCACUACCCGCUGCCCGCAUCGCCGCUGCAGUCGACAGCCGGCGCUCGAUUUGGGGCCGCCGACAACCUGGACGAUGUGAGCGCCAGCGCGGUGCGGGAACUGUCGCAGCAACUGCAGGCCCAGCUGCGUGACGCCAAGCGACGCCACCUGGCCUGCACCGAGGUCACGCUGCCCAACGACCUCACGCAGCGCAUUGCCGCCGAGAUCAUCCGGAUGUCGGAGCGGGAACCUUGCGGCGAGCGGGCCUGCACGCUCUUCAUUGAGUUCGAGAGCGAGCCCAACAAAGUCAAGCGCAUUGCAUAUUUUAAGGUGGAUCCGGACACGGUGUCCAUCUUCGAGUUGUACUUGACGUUGAGGCAGGACAAGAGCGGCUGGAGCUCCUUGCUGCCGCAGUUUAUAAAAAACCUUACUCGUAGCAAUACCAUCAACAUCAGUCCCGACUUCACGCUGACCAAGAAAAAGCUCUACUCAUCCGAGUGAGUCGCUCGACGGAGGAGCGGCAUGGAGUGCGAACCAGAAACGCUGGGCUGCUCAGAACUCAAUCCCUCCGAACAACAACAGUAAAAGCAGCAAUCGCAGUACCAACAUCUAUUGGUUGUGCCUCCUUCGUCGCAAUAGCCAAGAUUCAUGAUCUUCAUUAUGGAAUAUAGAGAGAUGAUGUUUAACCCUAGAGGCAAACUUUUGGACCACAAACUAUCAACUUACUCCUGCAAAUAACAAAUCAACUCAACGCUAAAGCAAAAAACAAUUAUUUUGGAACCUAAGCUCUAAAACAAAACCAAAAAACCAAAACGAAAACAAAAACAAAUCAACUGCAGUUGCAGGCAACUCAAAACUCUUAUUGGACUGACUUUUUGGCUUAAACAAAAAAGGUACUUUUUGAAAAACGAAAAAAAUCGCAAAAAAAAGAAGUAUUGAAAACGAGGAUAGAGUGAGGUGAACACAAAAAACCAUAAGGAAUAUUCAAAAUAUUGUAAAACGUUAAGGCAGACAAGCAGAAGAAAACUUCACUCAGUGAACGGUUGUCGGUGAUCCGUUUUAAAUUGAAUACAAAAGGCAAAACCCCCGGAUGGAAGUAUAGAGUAUUAUCCCAAUUUGUAUGUAUGGAUGUGUGUACACCAUCACCUUGUAUCAUCAUCAUAAUCCAGGAAUCAAAUGUAGCUAAUAUAUUAUGUAUAAUUUCAGUGCAUAAUGUAUGGCACAUGUCGUUUGUCACGAUUCAAUUAGGCUAUUACUUCUAAAUGCAUGCAAACAUACAUACAACUAUAUACUGUAUUGAGAAAAAUAAAUCCAACAAAUUUUCUAUAUAUAUAUGAGAGCAAACAAUAAGAAUCAGAAUCGAUCAAUCGAAGCAGAAAGAGGAAAGUUAAUAAUAACAAAUAUAAAAACAAAGUUGAUGUGAUAUUAUAUAAUAAUUAUGAAUACUGAUAAACGCAUACACACUCACGAAUACACUCACAUACAUUAAGAAAUCAAUUGCAGAAAAUUUGAAUACCAUGGAAAUUAUUUCGAAAUUUUGUUCAAGUUCCGACCCUUGUCAAGUCGGUGCCCAGUAAUCUUACAGAAAACACAAAAUUAUUGCUAGUAAAAUAGAUUCAAACAAUUCUCAAAAUAUUUCCACCUAUUUAUGAUUAAGCUCUGUAUUAUUAUUUUAAUUGAUUAUAAUUAUUUUCUUGUUUUUGUGCAGAGUUCCAAACUUUGCGAAGAAAAUGUAGCCGAGUGGCUGAAUACAAUAUAUACAUAUAUAGAUAUAUAUGAAAAAUAUAAUUCUAAUAUUUGAUGUGUUUCUAAUGUAAGAUUUUAAUAUUAAACAAGAAAACGAAAACAACAACAAGCGAAACUAAACUUAAAUCCAGCAGAUUUCAUUCGAUGUGCGUAGCUGUGUGUUUAUCUGUAGAUUAGUUAACAACAAACAAAUGAAAACAACCAACAAUAACAACACGAUAUGACAAACAAAUUUGAUGAGGCAGACGAUGAUUAUCGAUAGAAAGUGGUUAAAAUAUUUAACUUAUAUACACGAAUGAAUACACUUUGGCUAGGUAGUUGGCAAACAAAUUGUUUUGAUUAACGAAAGAUCUAAACAGUGAAAUUAUUUAUAAAAAGAAGCGAAAAAAUUAUUUAAAAAAUGGGUAACUAUUGUGAAGAGGCAGAAGCAAAAACUUUCGGAAAAUAUAAAGUCAUCUGUGUUAAUAAAUUUUAAAAUAUUUUUUAGCGUAGAAUAACAAAACCAUGAAGUGAAAUUGUAAAGCAAAGCAAAAUUAACAAAACCUGUUGAAAAUAACAGAUAAAGCAAAUAAUGCUCUCACAUAAGCCACAAAAAAUACAACCGAUCCCAAGUAUUCGAAAUGUUAAUUGUAGAUUUUAUUCGUGCAUAACCUACACACAAACACACACACACACACACAGUGGCUAACAAGAAUUUAUUUAUAAAACCAAGAAAUACAAAAAAACAUUUGCAAUAAUAUAAUUUUAACUAACAAAUACUUUUUCCAUCAAUAAUCAAUCCCACAAAGAUCUCGACUAAUAAGAUGAAGAACUCAUUAUAUGAUAAAUGAUAGAGCGGGAGGAAAAUUACACAAGAGAAAAUACAAUUUAGGUAUUUAAAACUUGCUUUAAACUUAUUUAGGCUAACCCAGGUGUAAAUGCCAAGAGUAAAGAAGCCCCCUAACGAAUAAUAAAUGUUUUAGCCAUCUCAAACUCAAGUAUCGACGUUUCCAUCUCAAUUCGAUCACUAAACACACUCACACACAUGAGCAUAUGCUAUAUGCAUAUAUAUAGAUAUAUAGUGUAUGUAAAUAGGGCCACCGUAGCAGCAAUAAAUGGGAAGAAAACAAAAUCUCUAAAUAUACCUUAUUAACUAACUAAAUGUGAACAUAAACAAAGCAAGUGAAGAAAUAGAACCAUGAAUGUGAUCUAUUUAAUAAUAAAACAAAGUAAUAUUAAAUACAAUUUCAUUUCGCCGAAAGCAUGAACGAAAUAUUGAAAUCAUUUACUUUUGUUCCAUUUAUGAAAUUAUUAACCAAGUAGUUGUAGACGAAUUUGAUUUGUAGAAUUUUCAAUGUCAUUUGCCGAAUAUUUUUCCACAUUAAUUGGUUACAGUUUUUCUUCACAAUGUUGCCAGCUUUGUAAGAUUGUAGAAUUCGCAACGCUUUCUGUGUGGUUUUCUUGAGCUUUUUUUUUAUGAAAUCGGAUAUCGAAUAUUGUAUUUUGAAGUAGUGAAACUAUCUCCAGUUUUCGGAGGAUUUUUCUGUUACGUUUUCCAUGGAUAAGUGUAAACUGUAUAGAGAUACAAAGAAGAAAUGAAUCUUAGAUCUGUCCAGUGCUCCUCAAAGUAUUUUGUAAACAAUAAUGAUAAACCAAAAACAAAAGCGAAGUAUCAUGCCCAUAGGCAAGCGGAUAUGAAUAUGUAUUUAUGCAAGGGUUAUGCGAAAAGUUCUAUAUAUGAAUGUAAAAUAGAUGGAUAUAUCUAUAUAUAUUGUAGAAUUUUUACACAUUCUAUUACAGACUACAAAGUUACCGACUAAGGCAAAUAUUAUGACUACUACUACGGCAGUACUAAUGUAUAUUUUCAAUGUAUGUGUGUGUGUUGUUUAAGGGAACCAAUUAAUGCAUUCAAGAAUCAAAUUACAAAUCAAUUAAACGAUCGCCUCAAAUCGAAAUCGAAAGCAAAUAACUCUAACCCACAAUACUAGACAGCACUCGUACCCAAAUUGAAAUUAUAUCUGCAUUCCAAUUGCGACCGAAAUCAGUAUGGCAUCUUCGAUUAUCGAAAGGAAGUUAAAUUCAAACGAUUAUCCCACCAUAUGCAAUCUGAGCCAGAUUUCAUUAUCAUUUUCACUUUUUAAGUUCGAGUUUCAGAAUCUGCUUUCAUUGGCGGCUACGCUCAAUCAGUAUCAGUUAUGAGAACUCUUAGAGUCCGAAUCCCUCCCGAAUUUUGUCCAGUUUAAAUCUGCGCUUGUUUGAUCGACAACUUAACAAAUAAUAUUCAAGGGAAAGAAAAUUGUUCUAAAUACCGUUGAUUGGAGUGUGUGUUGUACACCUUGUAGUUAUGGGACGAAGAAAUGUUUAUAACAAUUUCCAAUAUAUAUGUAUGUGGCAAUAGGUCCAUAACGAAUAACAAGUCUAAAGCGAGAU